AUGAAUGAAGAAUUAUCAGGUAGUGAUAUAAUAUAUAAUUUACUGGAUAUAGAUGAUAAAACUAAGGAUAUACUUAAACUAAAUAGGGUUUAUACAAUACCUCAGAUAUUAUUAGAUAAUCUUCACCAGAAAGGUUUAUCAAAGAAGCAGUGUUCUGAUAUUUAUAAGAGUUGUAGAUCUAUUCUAAGAAACUUAAUAAAUAUAAUACUUACUCCAAACAAAUAUAUUCAUUCAGAUAAGUCUGAUUUGGGAUUUAUGACAGGUACACAAUUAUUAAGGAGAGCAAGAAACAACUGGAACUCAUCAAGUUCGUGGAAUACUUCAGUAUUAAAGGCUCCAAUAAAGCUUGGUGAAGAAUCUCUAACUAAUUUAUUUGAUGGAGGUUUCUUUUAUGGGGAAGUUAUCGACUUAUUUGGGCCUAAUAUACAUAUUAUUCGUCGUAUUUGCCAUUGGAUUGUUGCAAAUACAAUGGAUGGGAGAUCAAAUAAUUUAUAUUCUUAUAAAUCCAAACAAAUAGUAGAUAAAACAUUAUAUAUCCAAACUACAAGUAGUGGAUUUGAUUCUAUAUAUAUAAAAAAAUGUUUUCAGAAAGUAUUUGGAGAAUUGGUAAAUACUCAAGCAACACAAGGAACUUCAGAAUUAAGUGAUAAUACAGGGGUUCUUUUAUCAAAUAUACAUGUAACAACUAUACAAAAUACUAAUGAACUAAUCAAGUUAUUAUAUAAUAUUCCUAUAUUUAAUAGAAGAAAUAAUUCAAGAAUAAGAUUGGUUAUAAUUGAUUCUAUAACAUCAAUACUUGGUCCUCAUCGUUUUUUCCAGGACAAAAAUAUUAAACAGAAGUCAGUACGAGAUAUUAUCCAGAUAAUCGCGAGAAUUUUACGUUAUAUUUGCCAUAUUGAAGAUAUGAGCAUUAUUACAAUAUCAUCCUUGAAACCCUCGAAGAUACUAGAUCAGAAUCAAAACACUUUAAUGUUACAGAAAGUAUCUUUACCAAAUGAUACAGUAGAUAAAAAAUUUAUACUAUCUUCAUAUAACAAACAAAUGACUCCUAAUAUUGAUCAUUCAUGGAAUACUGUUCCUCAUAAUCAAAUAUUAAUACAGGAAAUAGAGAAUUUUGAAUCUAGAAAUCGUGCAUAUUUAGAUUCAUGUGGCAUUAACAUGUUGAGCCUAAAUAAUAAGAAAGUUCUUAAAUGGACUGUGUGCAAAUCUAAUAGAAUAGCUACUGGAAAGUAUGCAAUAGUUGCUCAAUCUAAGAUUGGCCUAGAAUCUAGUGAUCUUUAUAUAAUUUGA